AUGCCUGAAGCUAUCAUGCCGCAGAAGCGAGUAUUGGGCGACACCACCAGUAACGCACGCAACUCUUUCGCGUCUCCCAACGCGAUGAAGAAGCGCAAGCUUGACAAUGAGACCAGUGGACAGCUCAAGCCACCUACACAAAAUGUCCAACGCAAAGGUUUCGGCUCAAGUCAGCCGCAAAAGAGCACAUUCGAGGAAGAGGUUCUCGAGAAGAUGACCCAGGAUAUCAAUGAUCUCAAACGAAGCAACGCCGAGAAGGACCAGCAAUGGGAACGUCCUCCUCUUGGACCAUUUGACCCAGUGGCGGAGAACAUUUGUUUCCAGCAGAUUGACGCGGAGGAAGGUCGGAUGGCGGGAGACAGGAUGGCUGUCCGACUCUUCGGUGUCACGGAGGCCGGUCAAUCGGUCCUGCUUCACGUCACCGGAUUCCAACAUUACCUUUACAUCGCUGCCCCCGUCGGCUUCACCAAGGAAGAUUGCCAGCCAUACAAAGCUUUCCUCGAGACCAAACUGGCACAGAAUGCCCCGGUCAUCCAACGCGUGGAAGUCACAUUGCGGGAGAAUAUCUACGGAUUCCAGGGUAAUAAGAAGAGCUGGUACCUCAAGAUAACUGUCACCGACCCAAAGUUCAUUGCCAGACUGCGUAGCGCUCUGGAAACUGGUAGUGCUACUAUGAACUACAAAGGUCUAUGGGGCAACUCGGACAGUGGAAUCCUCACGUUCGACAAUAUCCAAUAUCUGCUGAGAUUUAUGAUCGACACUGGUCUCCACGGCAUGUCAUGGGUCGAAGCCAAGGCAGGGAAAUAUCAGCUCAUCCCAGAAGACGAAAAACAUUCAACUUGUCAAUUGGAGGCUAUCGUGGACUACCGUGACAUGAUCGCCCACGCGCCCAACGGUGAAUGGGCCAAGAUGGCGCCUCUUCGUGUCCUGUCUUUCGAUAUCGAGUGCGCUGGACGACAGGGUAUUUUCCCCGAACCUAACAUUGACCCCGUAAUUCAGAUCGCCAAUGUCGUGACUCGAUACGGAGACAGCAAGCCCUUCGUUCGAAAUGUGUUCUGCCUUGAUACCACCAGUCUUAUUGUCAACACACAGAUUUUGGAAUUCGACAAGGAGGAGAGGAUGCUCAUGGCCUGGAAAGAGUUUGUGCAGAAGGUCGAUCCGGAUGUGAUCAUCGGGUACAACAUUGCGAACUUCGACUUUCCGUACCUUUUGGACCGGGCAAAACAUUUAAAAUGUACCAGCUUUCCCUACUGGACACGAUUGCGGGCGACCAAAACGGAGGCCAAGGAGGCCAAUUUCUCUAGCAAACAGAUGGGUAACCGAGAGACGAAGGCGACAAACACCAAUGGCCGAAUCCAGCUUGAUCUUCUCCAAUUGGUGCAGCGGGAUUAUCAACUUCGAAGUUACACUUUAAACUCCGUCUCCUACGAGUUUUUGGGCGAGCAGAAGGAAGACGUUCACCACACAAUGAUCACUGAACUGUUCAACGGUACACCGGACUCUCGUCGUCGAUUGGCGGUAUACUGCUUAAAGGACGCCUAUCUGCCACAACGAUUGAUGGACAAACUGAUGUGUCUGGUCAACUACACUGAGAUGGCAAGAGUUACGGGUGUUCCAUUCAUGUUCCUGCUCUCUCGCGGCCAACAAGUGAAGUUCGUCAGUCAGCUGUUCCGAAAAGCGCGGGAAGAACAACUUGUCAUUCCCAACUCCAAGUCGCAAGACGAGCAGGACUAUGAAGGCGCGACCGUAAUUGAACCGAAGCGAGGAUACUAUGGUGUGCCAAUAGCGACACUCGAUUUUGCAUCGCUCUAUCCCUCCAUUAUCCAAGCACACAACCUCUGCUACACCACCCUCCUCAAUAAGAGCAGUGUUGAGAAACUCGGUCUCAAGAAGGAUGAGGAUUACAUCGUGACGCCAAAUGGAGACAUGUUCUGCACCGCCAAAGUCCGUAAGGGUCUCUUGUCUCAGAUUCUUGAGGAGCUUUUGAGUGCACGAAAGCGCGCGAAGAAGGAACUGGGCACUGAGACGGAUCCCUUCAAAAAGGCUGUACUGAACGGUCGUCAACUUGCCUUGAAGAUCAGCGCAAACAGUGUAUACGGUCUGACGGGUGCUACUGUCGGAAAGCUGCCUUGUCUUCCCAUUGCCAGUAGUACAACCAGUUAUGGUCGUCAGAUGAUCGAGAAAACCAAACAGGAGGUGGAAUCUCGCUAUACCAUCGCCAACGGCUACUCUCACGAUGCCGAGGUCAUUUACGGUGAUACCGAUUCGGUCAUGGUCAAAUUUGGAGUGUCUGAAUUGGCAGACGCGAUGAAACUCGGUGAGGAGGCUGCAGAAUUCGUCUCGUCCAAGUUCAUCAAACCCAUCAAGCUGGAGUUCGAAAAGGUGUACUUCCCUUAUCUGCUAAUCAACAAGAAGCGGUAUGCCGGUCUUUACUGGACCAACACUAAAAAGCACGACAAGAUGGACACCAAGGGUAUUGAGACCGUGCGUCGUGAUAACUGUUUGCUUGUCCAAAAUGUUAUCGAAACUGUGUUGAACAAGAUUCUCAUCGAGAGAGAUCUCGAUGGUGCUCAGGACUAUGUCAAGUCGACCAUUUCCGAUCUUCUCCAGAACAAAGUCGAUAUGUCGAAGCUGGUCAUCACCAAGGCCCUCUCUCAGAAGGAGUACGCUGCCAAGCAAGCACACGUCGAGCUGGCGAAGCGCAUGACCAAACGUGACGCGGGUUCUGCGCCUGCUCUAGGUGACCGUGUGGCCUAUGUCAUGAUCAAGGGCGCAGCCAACUCAAAGGGCUACGAGAGGGCCGAGGAUCCCAUCUACGUCUUGGAAAACAACAUUCCCGUCGAUACCAAGUACUACCUGGACAACCAGCUUGCGAACCCGCUUGGUCGUAUCUUCGAGCCCAUUCUGGGUGAGAAGAAGGCCAACCAACUGUUGACCGGUGAACACACUCGGUCCAUCUCCGUUGCAGCACCAAGUCUGGGCGGGUUGAUGAAAUUCACCAAGAAGACCCAGACCUGCAUGGGCUGCAAGAAGCCUCUCUCAGGCAAGGAGGAGCAGGAUGGUGCCGUUUGUCAAAACUGCCGCCCUCGUCUCGGUGAGCUCUAUACAAAGGCUUUGACCAAGACUUCUGAUCUCGAAGUUCGAUUCGGGCGACUCUGGACUCAGUGUCAGCGCUGCCAAGGCAGUCUUCACUGUGAAGUCAUUUGCUCGUCACGCGACUGCCCUAUCUUCUAUAUGCGGAUGAAAGCGAAGAAGGAUGUCGAGGACUCACAGAAGGAACUUGGCCGGUUUGACUUCGAUGCCGGUGCGUGGUGA